GCCCCCGUCGGAUCAUGGCGCUCGUCCCCUGCCAGGUGCUGCGGGUGGCCAUCCUGCUCUCCUACUGCUCCGUCCUCUGCCACUACAAGGCCAUCGACAUGCCCGCGCACCAGACCUACGGCGGCAGCUGGAAAUUUCUCACGUUCAUAGACCUGGUUAUCCAGGCUGUCUUUUUUGGGAUCUGUGUACUGACUGACCUUUCCAGCCUUCUGACCAGAGGAAGUGAGAACCAGGAGCAAGAAAGGCAAUUAAAGAAACUCAUUUCUCUCCGUGACUGGAUGUUGUCUGUCUUGGCCUUCCCUGUCGGUGUUUUUGUCGUGAUAAUGUUUUGGGUCCUCUAUAUCUAUGACAGAGAGCUGGUUUACCCAAAGUUGCUCGAUAAUUUUAUCCCGGCUUGGCUGAAUCAUGGAAUGCAUACAACAGUUUUGCCUUUUAUAUUGAUCGAGAUGAGGACAUCACAUCAUCAGUAUCCCAGCAGGAGCUCUGGACUUGCUGCUGUAUGCACCUUUGCUGUUGGCUAUAUAUUAUGGGUGUGCUGGGUGCAUCAUGUAACAGGGAUUUGGGUCUACCCUUUCCUUGAACACAUUGGCUCAGGAGCCAAAAUGAUCUUCUUUGGCACUGCAACUAUCUUAAUGAACCUUUUAUACAUCCUGGGAGAAGUCCUGAACAAGUACAUCUGGGAUACCCAGAAAAGUAUGGAAGAAGGAACCGAGAAGUCUAAAUUGGAAUGACCAUUGAUUCCCCCCAGCAAAAGAGCUAGGGAGUGUCUCCAAAGAAGACUUCUCACUCCCAAUAAAGGGUGGCAACAAAGGGGAAGAAGCAUAAGAAAGAAGGCUGGGAGUUUGGCCUCCAGUCCAAAAUGAGGAUCUUUAUUUUUGUAUAGGAGGAAUGGAAAAAUACAAUUGAUUGUGAAAUUACUUACAUACAUCAUGUUCUGAACAUACCUUUCCGUGCAUAUCAUGAUCAUUUUCAGCUUCUAAACCUUUGAAUAAUUAUUCUGAUUUCUUCUUGUGUCACUUUCCCAUUUAAACUGGGAAGAAUGAGCAUUUCUUUGUAUUUCUUGUUCAAGAAGAAUCAAAGCCAGGGGGAAAGCCAAUUUAAUGUAAUUAAAUUGAUAAAAGCUUUAUUGAAAGGCCACAGUAUAUGCAAAGGAGGAAAAUAACACUGGGAAAUUAUGGUUGUCAUUUCCAAUUGCAUUCAUGACACCAAAUAUAGCAGUUGCCUUAGAUAGGCAGUGCUAGUCAUAAUAUAUCAAUUCAAUCUAGUUAUAAAUGUGAUUGGACCCUAUAGCAUAUUCACAUGUGGAAUUUUUCUUACCUGAAAAAUGUAACACGAAUAAAGAUAAAACUUUCCCUAUCCUGUGCUUCUUAGAAUCCCAUAUGAAUCGAUUAUUCCAUUUCUAUUUAGUCUCCAUCACCUAUAGAAACAGAAUGUCCAAGGCUGGACCAUUUUGCCCAUUUCUUAUAUGAAAUUAUCUCCCGUUUCCGUGAACCAGAGAAAAGUGCACAAAUCCUAAAGAAGACAUUUUAGGUUAGAAACCCAGUACCCCAGUGAUUAAAAAAAGUACUUAAAUCCAGGAAGAAUGAGGCAGCAUUUCCAAAUAGAAAAUGAAGCUGAUGAUGCUGGUACUUGUUAAGUGCUUACUAUGUGCCAAGCACUAUGUUAAGCACUGGAGUGAAUACAGGAUAAUCAGUUCAGACAGAUUCUGUAUCCCACACAAGGCUCACCAGUUAAGUAGGAUGCUCUCAUACAGUUUUUGCUUUACACAUCUAUUGCACCUGUUAUGGGCUGCUGUACCAUCAGGGACUAGAUGGUCUCAUCUCUGUCUUCUUUGUUCCCAUUACGGUCAGAACCUUUAACUCAUUCAAUGCUUCUCCUGGGGACCAAAUGCUCAAAUCCUGAAAAAAGAAACAACUCCUUCCCAGGGAAUUUGUGAGAAAACCAUUUUUGUUAGAAGAGACUCAGAUUAAAAAAAAAGAGGUCUGGGGAUUGGUCUCCUUUGGAUAAGAAGGCAACUCAUUUCUUACGAUUCCCCUUGAAAAUUUAAUUUAAAUACUGCCUUGCAAAUUAUAUUCAAAACUUUUGCCCACAGAAAUUUUCACUAUACUCACCUGUCUCUUCUAUCCAAGAAGGGAUAUCUACUCUCCAUAACCCUAACCUAAGACACAGUAGAUAAAUACACUGACUUCACCUCCAACGACAACUUGAAAGACAAACAAAAGGGUCAUAGGGAAAUCAGAGAUUUUUGCAUUGAUUUUAGGUUCACUGUUUGGUUUUUCUCAGUCAUGUGGCCUGGUUCAGUACAUAAAAAUUGUUAAGCCAUUGCAAAUAAGGAGAUCAUAUAAUAAGACUUGUUGAAGGCUUUAGCCCCAGGCUAUCGCUCAGUCCUUUAAGGUGAGGUAGUGUGCCUUUGAUCAAAGCUUUCAUUCUAUGGGGAAUUCUCCCAUCUGGUUUCAUUGCUAAAUGGUUGGGGGACUUGGGGCAGAGGGAGAGUACAGCCGGGUUUGGUGUUGGAUAAGUUACUGCAAAAACCCCAAUUUCACUAAAGGAAUAAAAAUUAAUUUUAUUUAU